AUGGGGAACUUGCUGCCAAGAGAAAACAGGUGGCAGCAGGGCACUCAAGAAACGCCCUGGAAUCUGAGAAGUCAAGGCCCCAAACUGAGACUUUCCAGAUGCUCGGACUGCCACAUCGCUGAAGGGUGUUUCUGCCUUCCAUGGAAAAAAAUACACAUUUCUGAAGCACGACAAGACUCCCGAAAGCAAAAUGAAGAAACAUCAUCUGCUCCCAUUCAGCAAGAGAACGGUGACCAGGGCUCCUCGGAGGAUCUGUGCUACACCCUCAUCAAUCACAGCGUCCUCGGGAAAAGGUCGUCGGGGAUCUCUGCAGAGGAAUCUUAUGAGAAUGUUUCCGUCAAGGCUGAGAGGCCCAGAGCAUCGCUGGGAGGAACCGAGACCGAGUACUCACUCCUUCGCGUGCCGUCCGCCCCUAAGCACCCAUCCUCCCCAGAGGGCGAGUAUGAACUUCUCAUGCCCGGCGGAACCUUCCCUCCCUCCCUGAGACAGCCACGCCCACUCGCGCCCCCUCCUCAGGCUCCGUUUUCUCAUCUCUGA